AUGGCGGAAGACGAGGGCAACAGACCCCAUAACAACCGUCCUUCUCUCAAAAGUCAUAUUUCUUUUAAUAAUUACCCUAAAUGGAAAGACAAGCUUAGAGAAAAUUGCUACAAAAGAGUCCGUGAAGAUCGAACCCGUUUGCUUUGGAAAUUAAGAUUGCCUAAACCCAAUGAACAGCUUCUCAAUCACAAGGAUCUCAUCAAAUCAACUUUCCAGGAUAUAGUUUCUGAUGAAAUAAGCAAAAUCAAGGACUUGCCUUUGAACAGAGAUGGCGGAGUUCCAACUUUUGGCACUGCUUCUGAUGACAUGAUAUGGGAGUAUGAUGGUCUUCAUAUAGAUUAUCGAGGCGACUGUGAAGAAUUGUUGUUUGAAAUGCAAAGGAUAUUUUAUGAGGAUCUGAGGACAGAGGAAAGUUUGAAAGGGACAGAAAGAUUUAUCGAAACUUGGGAGGAUGAAGAAGAUGAAUAUUUGGCUCGUGCUGUAUAUGAGCACAUGCAACUCAAUGGUGAACAGGUAGGCAAGGAGGUUUGGUGCCCUGUUUGCAAACAAGGAGAGUUACAACAAAAUCGUAGCCUUAUUUAUUGUGAUCGGUGUAGACUUAAACUCAACAGAAGCAAUGAGAUUAGUUUGAAUUUGCUAAGGACGAGGCUGGCUGAAGCUCAUGCAGAGCAUCUUGAUAGGGGAUGCAGGUUAAAGCCUGCGUUUUCUGUUGAGACUAUAUUUGAACUAACUGCAUUGUACAUCAAGUGCCAAGGCUGUGAUUCAUUUGAGGUUGUAAUAUAG